AUGAGUCAAUUAGAAGUAAAAUCGAAAACUAUUGCAGUCCCUAUCAUGUUUACUGAGGGAGAGCUUGCAAAACUUCAUAAACCAGGUGGUAAUCCACAAAUUAAACCUGAGUUAAUGGAACAACAUUUGAAAGAAACUGGUGGUAAGGUGGUAACUCGAUUUCCUCCAGAACCUAAUGGAUUUUUACAUAUUGGUCAUGCAAAAGCUAUCAAUGUAAAUUUUGGAUAUGCUAAAGCAUAUGAUGGAAUAUGUUAUCUAAGAUAUGAUGACACUAAUCCUGAAGCUGAGGAAGAGAUUUAUUUUACUUCUAUUAGAGAAGCAGUAGAAUGGUUAGGGUUUUCACCAUACAAGAUCACAUAUUCUUCUGAUUAUUUUGACAACCUUUAUGAAUUGGCAAUAGAAUCAAUUAAGCGUGAUAAAGCAUAUGCAUGUUCAUGUGAUCGAUGA